UUGGAAAACUACAGAAAGCGAGGUGCCCCCUUUUUGAACACCAAUUUGUUGUGUUUGUGCUUUGUGAAACAGGUUGACUACGUUAUGUUACUGGAUUCAUUUUAUUUUUACUUUUAAGUUGUACAUUAGAACACACUUUUGCCUCAACUAGAGAAAUGAACAACGUUGCCAUGGUUACCAAGAACCACAAAUAAACUGCAGUGGUCCACGUAGUCCUAAAUUACAUCGUUGAGGCGACAUUUAGGCUAGAAACGUGUUUAUUGUACUACAUUACCCAGAAUCCCGUGCGAUUAAACUGUCCGUUUUGUUUACAGGACUUCGUUGAGCGAGGGCUCUUUGUGACGACUUCUGAACUCUUUUUGUUCAUAUAAUAGCAGUGAAAUAGUUGUCGUGUGUGUCUGUCGGCAGAAGAGAACACUAUAGUGACGUUAUAGUAGCAGAGGUAUACUUCUAUAACGAAGCAGAUGAUGACAUUCCCGGGUCACAAUCAUCACCUGUUCAGGUGGCGGGGGCUCGGCAAGAAAAAAUCUGUGGACAAGAUGCUUGUGAAGAAUGGUGAUAUUGAUCAGUGGAGAAAGCGUGUGGAGGUGGCCUCCGAGUUUGCUGUAUCUGAAGUCUUCUCCCACAAGAAGCCUCGUUCAGGAACCAACAGCAGAGCUGUACCCUUGCAAAGCUCUGACCAGUUAAAAGAUCACGAUGAUGCUUACAGUGAAGCUCAGGCGCUCCUCAGUGAUUGGCUGAGCAGUAAAUUGCGUCUGGAGCUGGAGGUGGAGGAGGAAGAUGACCUGAUGUGCUGCAAUGAGAGGAGAAGCCGCGCUGCACUGGCCAGUGCUCAGCCUGCUGCCCUUAACUACAGCAACUUUGAUGAUCUGUACAACUGCCUGGCCGAGGAGGAAGAGCAAAGUGCUGUUAACAGCUUCCUACAAGACCUGAUGGAGCAAGAGGUGUUAGACUUUGGGGUUAUGGAGGAACUGGCACUGGACGUUGGACAAAAGAGGAAGAAGUUCAGAGAUCCAAUUGUCACCAUGGAAGCACGACACCUGCAGGUGCGAGAGAACAGAGCCCGGCAGGAGGCUGAGAGGCAGAGGCAACAGGGAGAGAGGGAGGCUCGGCGUGAUGCCAGAGAGGAAGCGAAGAGGAGGGAGCGAGAGGAGGAGACAACAAAGAGGCAGCAGGCACGUAGACAGGAGGACAUGGUGCAGCAGGAGAUGGUGACACUGCGACGUCGGAUGGAGGAGAGGAGAGGCCUGGAACAGCUGGUUCGACAGAGGGAAAGAGAGAGAGUGGAAGGGCAAAGGGCAGCCAGAAGCCUCCAGUCAGCUCCUCCGCCUCUCACAAACCAGCGGCCGCAGGAUAGAGAGCGACUUUAUAAAGAACAGAAACUUCAAACCAUGGUUCACAUGGUAAAUCUCAAGCGUCUGCAGAGGCAUUUUUCUGGAUGGUAUUCAGUUGUGUUGGACCGAAGGCUACGUUUAGGGAAGGCCAAGGCCCUCUGUGACUGGAAGCGGCAGCUGAGAGCCUGGCGUGCGUGGCGGGGAGUCGUGUGGGCGGAACAUCAGCAGCGAGAGGUGGUGAGAGCAGAAGAGGAUUUCCGAGCUGAAAACAGACAACGCCAGCUGGCUGUGGAGAGUGACCGACGCCGGUUACUACGGCGAUGUCUGAAUGAGUGGCAGCUAUGGUGUCGGAUAGAGAAGGAACAACGAGAGCUUUUGGCCCAGCAGCAGGAGACCCGACGCAAGAUGGCUGCCUUAAUCAACGCUGCAUCAACGGGCAAACUCAUGUCCACAGAAACCCCAACUUUUCAGGCCAUUAUGGCCCCAGUUGAGGCAACUAACCCACCUGAGGCCCCAGAGAAGGUGGGAGGUGCACUCACAAAUCCUCACGUCAUCAACUACAAUGCAAAGGAGGAUCACCACAGGUCAAGCACUUUAGCCCCCAACGCCUCGGCAGUACCUCAGCAUAAGACCCCUGUGGGUGCUGUGGCCCAGCCCACUCAGCCAUGGCAGGUGACUAGACGCCAUGCAGCGCCGACUGCUGCUAAGCUCCAUGGGGCACAGCAGAGAGGCGAGGGCGGCGGCUUUAUCUGUUUAAAAAGUGCAGUGUCGCCGGCCAGCAGGUUUGAAAACAGACACGCCGUCCAGCAGCAGAUCAUCACACAGCAGAGGAAGCUGUUGAAGGAGCAGCAAGAGAAGAUUGCACAGCUGAAGGAGGAGCAGAGCGUAAAGAGUUUGGAGCUGGAAAUGGAGAAAACAACACAGCUCACCCAGCUAUCAAUGCUAAGAGCAUCAAGACCAAAAAGCCACAAAGGUGAACUCCCAGAGCAGAGGGCAUCAAGAGUUACUGGGGAACCUGACAGUCUCUGUGCACCCCCAAGGAAAGCUGCCGCACGGCAGACAUGCCCCCAUGCAAUUAUCACGGCUAUGGAGGUCCGUGCACGUCAGCGUGCAGAACGAAGGAUGGAAAUCGAGGAACUCAAGAGAAAGAAGGACGAGGAAAAACUGGCUGAGAUGAAAGCUGCUGAGGAGCAGAGGCAGAGGGAGGAGGAGGAGGAGAAACGCAAAGCAGGGGAGAAGAAAAGGGAGGAGAAAAGGCAGGAAAGAGAGAGGGAAGAGGAGAAACAGAGGCAGCUGAAAAGGCAGCAGGAGCUAAUGAAGCUGGCCCGUCAACACCACCGCAGAAACCUGCUGCUGCGGCGAGGCCUGGCGCCAUGGAAACGUCUAAUUCAGAUCAAACAAGCCAACAUACAGCUGGCCGAGCAUCAUCGCAAAGUCUUCAUCCUGAGGCGGUGCACACGAGGCUGGCAGCAAUCAGCAAGAGAGUCCCUGUCGGAGAAGGAAGCUUUCGUUGACCAACUGCACCAGCACUUUUUGCUUCGGAGGAGCUUAAGCUGCUGGAAAAGACUUAAAGACUGGCGGAUGAUUCAAGAGGAGAGAGCCAAGCGUUUCAAUCGCACUCGCACUCUGAGGAGGUUUCUGCUGGCACUGCUCGACCAUGUGACCCAGGAGAGGCUGGUGGAGUGGGACCGUCAGGAGCUGGCUCAGGAGCACAAUAACAGGUCUGCUGCCCAUGACUAUCCCAUAUGUUCACUGUGUGGAUGCAGUGUCAAAUUCAAUUUAAGAGCUUCCUUAAUUACAAGUCAAAAUGUUAUUAUAUCAGCGCAGUUUGGUUACAGUACAGGGGAAAAAAACACAAUGCCUUGAAUUUUUUAACUGUUACGACAUUUUUAAGGAAGCCAUAACUUUCGAGAUUGACUUGAAAUAAAGGUGGUUAAUUCAUAAACAAACAAUGCAGAAUAUUAUAACAGUCUUGGAGCAGAUGCAAUUGUUGAACAUUUACCAAUAUCUUUUCCACCGCAACUGCCUUUGCAUUAGAUUAUAAACGACACCAUCAUCUCUUUAACUCCAGUGAUGUGCCUCAAAUCUGUUGUUCAUUGUAAAUGUCUCUUCAUAUCACGUUUAAUGUCAUUGGGGUUUUGCCGCUCAAGCGGAAACUUCAAUAUGGCUAAACUAGCUGGUGUGGCAGUGUUUAUGGUCAAUAGUUGGGAAGACAUUUACCCUUGAGCCAAGUUUGCUAGUAGAUGUUUAAGACCAUUCACUGAGACACUGGACACUUUAAUUUUCAUUUAAAUACUUUUGCAGGAUUACUUCCUAGACAUAUAAAUCAGCAAAAAUAUGUGGUUUGGAUUAUGCUGAGUAACAGCACUAUUAUUCAGUCCUCUGUUUUCCGUUGUGGAAAGAAAUAAUGGUUUCUGUAGCACUGCUCUAACUCAAUGAUUUCACCGUUAUUGACACUUCAGCUUCUCAGGUGAGGUCAGCUAAACCCACCGGCUGCCAUGGUCAAUAGGCCCCCAGUGACAUCAUGUGAAAACUCAUUUGGUUUCGUCAACCCGUCUGUCCCUAUAAUGCAGUUUCUUAUUGCUCUGUUCCCGUCUGUCCCUCCACCUGCCUGCACUUCAGACGGGUGCUGCGACGAUGUUUGCUGGCCUGGAGGCAGCUACCCUGUCUGCUGCGCAAGGAAAGAGUGAAGGAGCAGCGGCGGGAGAAGCUGGGGCAGAGAGUGGCUGAGGUUCUG